CCCGACGUGAUUCUCUUUUCGUUUCUUUACAUAUUUGCAUAUAUAUAUUGACAGCAUCACAUACAUACAUACACCCGUGAACAUAAGCAGUGUAUAUAGCGAUUAGUUGCGUGCCGUUACUUUGCCAAUUCGCCAGACACUCUUUCGUUCGGUCUGCAAUACACUGGCGCCCGUAAAAGUAGUACACAUGCGAAAACUUCUGCAAAUGACAAUCUAAUAAAGAAUCAACUAAUUUCUGAACUAUGUCUAUGGUUAGUGACUGCGUGUUCUAUAGCUUCAAUCUAUAAGUGAUUAAGUUUACAUAAGCACAGUGUAAUUACAUGCUUGCCGUUAUUCUUCGUUGACAUUGCACUUUUUCGCCACGGCUGCGAUACGAGCGCGUCCAUAAUAAUCGUACCGGUGUGCAACAAUUCAUACGUGUAUAUUAUUUGAGUACCAUAAUAUAAUUCUUUGCCAGUUUAUUAAAGUUGCAAGUACUCUGCUCGACAAAUACGACUUAUUCCAAGUUUGUGUCUGCGCUAUAUAUACAUUUACUUACUCUUGCAAUCGCGCUCGCACCAACGACUUUGAACUCUAUCGUGUUGCUCUUGCUGUACUCGUCAUGGCGAAUUUAGAUGCUAGUGCAGUUGCUCCCGAAGAUCGCGUGCGGUUUUAUAAGCUCAAGGUACAGUCGGUGUUUGAACGCGUAAAAAAGCUACAAUCCAAGGUCGAUUCAGAUGCUCUUGCCGAUCACAGUGACAGCACUCUAAAUGUUCUACUGGAGCAUAUCGACAAGCUAAGCCACUCCUUUAGCAAGGCCCAUGAAAGUCUAGAGGAGCUCGACUUUACUGAGAUGUCCAGCAAUUUGCGCACUGACUUUGAUGAUUUAAUAAUGGUCAUGCAGUCAACAAUAAUGUCCGAAGUGCAAAGUCGUACUGCUCAAGUGCAUCAUAGUUCCACGUUUAGCCGUCCAAGUGACCCUCCUCGCGCAUCCGCUCCCAGAUUGCAGGCUGCACCUGCGUUGCCGCCAUUAAAGCUACCUACGUUCAGCGGUGGAUAUGCUAAUUGGGCUGAUUUCUACUCAAUGUUUUCUACAAUCAUUGAAAGUCGGCCAGAAAUCAGCAAUAUGGAAAGACUUCAGCACCUCCGGUCCUGCCUCGAUGGCGCAGCGUUGGAUACGGUUCGCUCUUUGGAAAUUUCUAAUGAUAAUUAUACAAUUGCCAUAAAUUUAUUAAAGCAGAGAUAUGAUAACCGACGUUUAAUCUUCCAGGCCCACAUCGUAAAGAUCUUAGGUCUCAAAAGAGUAGAAAACGGAUCCAUAAUCAAGCUGCGUGAGCUAUCUGACAGCUUCAAUGUCCAUAUGCGUGCGCUCAGUAGUCUGGGCACAACAGAGCAGAUAGCCAGUGCCAUGAUUGCUCAGAUACUGCUACAGAAGCUUGAUGAGGCCUCACAAGCUAAAUGGGAAGAGAAAUUGGACAACUCAGAGACGGCUCUUCAGAUACCCAGAUAUGAAGAAGUCUCCUCAUUUCUUGAGCUUCGUUGCCGUACUUUGGAAUCGAUGAAAUUUGCUCUUACAAACUAUUCGUCAAGUAAGCCGAUGAAUUCUUGCAGUAAGGUUGCUACCAGUAGAUCAGCAUUUCUCGUAACCGGCCACAGUACUCACAGUUGCAAUUUUUGUAAUGAUCUUGAGCACACAAUCUACAAAUGCCCAAGAUUCGCAAACUUGUCUCCUAGUCUUCGCCUGAAUGAGGUCCGAAAGGCUGGCUUAUGUUUGAAUUGUCUCAAGGGAGGUCAUCAGUCGCGACAAUGUGGCUCGCGCAGUUGUCGGGUCUGUGGAGUCAAGCAUCAUACGCUUCUUCAUCUCGGCCACUCCAGCACAUCGCAGGCAGCAAUUACGCCCCAUCAACAAUCUUCAACAUCAAGAGUACAGACCAUCCCUCAGCCCUCAGCACCAGCCACUACUCUCUUAUCCAAGGAUCGGCACAGCGAUGUUGUGCUCCUGGCUACCGCAGUGGUUCUGGCAAGGAAUCGGUUUGGCGAGCUUGUUCCUUGUCGUGCACUUUUAGAUUCAGGCUCUCAACUACAUCUCAUUACAGCCAGAUUUGCGAAUCUCCUGCAACUUAAGAGAACAAAAUCGGUGGCAUCUGUAUGCGGCGUAGGCGACUCCAAUGUUGCCAUGGAUGGCAGCAGCAUUUGCCUCACUCUUCAAGCUCAUGCAUCUGAAUAUACAACUAGCAUAACGGCUAUGGUAGCUACAAAUAUAACUGGCAGGCAGCCCAGUUCUAAUGUGAAUACGAGCAAUUGGAGCAUACCGCAAAAUAUAGUGCUGGCAGAUCCAGCUUUCCAUAGGCCGCAACGAGUAGAUCUGCUUAUCGGAGCUAGCCUGUUUUAUGAUUUGCUCUGUGUGGGACAAAUCAAGUUGAUGCCUGGACUUCCAUUGUUACAGAAGACUCGUCUUGGUUGGGUUGUAUCAGGUGGCGAGGCUCGCAACCACAACUCCGUGCUAAUAGCUUCAAAGACGCCUUUGGAUCCGAUUACAGACUCCUGUGCUGAUAUCAAGUUGGACAGUCUCGUUCGUCGCUUUUGGGAAGUUGAGCGCUGCAGCGAUUCCAUUGUAAAGUUCAGCAAGGAAGACUCAGACUGCGAAGCGCAUUUUGCGAGGCAUUACAAUCGAUUGGCUAGUGGCCAAUAUACAGUACGCCUGCCUGUUAAGCUUAGUUGUGAGCUUCUUGGAGAUUCUUAUGAGCAAGCGCGACAUCGGUUUCUCAAUUUGGAGAAGAAAUUGAGUCGUUUGCCGCAUAUAAAGUCUCAAUACUCAGCAUUUCUGAAAGAGUAUCUUGAACUUGGUCACAUGUCACGCGUUCCUCUAAAUUCAUUCCAUCUAUGCAGAUAUUUUCUUCCUCAUCACUGCGUUCUGAAGGAUGAUAGCACAACUACCAAGCUUCGCGUCGUCUUUGAUGGAUCUGCAUCUACAACAACUGGGCAUUCGUUGAAUGACAUUCUAAUGUCAGGUCCCGUCAUUCAGCCAAAAUUAGUCGACAUAUUAUUGCGCUUCCGAUCUUAUCCAGUUGCACUCACCGGCGAUAUUUGCAAAAUGUAUCGUUGCGUGAAAGUACCUGAGCCGGACAGCUAUCUACAAUGCAUUUUAUGGAGGAAUUCGCCAGAUGAUGAGUUGGAAGUUUUCAGGCUUGAUACGGUAACAUAUGGAACAAAACCAGCGUCAUUUUUGUCUGUGCGCGCCAUGCAUCAGCUUGCCGUAGAUGAAAGGAACGCAUUCCCAGUCGGGUCCUGGAAUUCUCGAGUGCAAAAAUAA